AUGUCGACCGCGACAGUCGAGGUCCCUAGCGAAAUGCUCGCCGCUCAACUCGUCGAGUUCAAGGCCCCGCCGGUUGUGCAGAAAACAAAAGCCCCUGCAGCGGGCGAUUUGGGUCCGUUCGAUCUCCUCCUCCGGACCGCCGUCGCCAGCCUGUGCCAUACCGACCUUAUGGUCCAGGCGGGCUUCGCGAUGCCGCCCAAGCACGGCCUGCCCAUGACCCUGUCGCACGAGGGCACCGGUGUUGUGGUCGCAGCGGGCUCCUCGGUCCAGGACUUCAAACCUGGUGACCGGGUCAUGUCGGGCAUCACGUUCCACUCCUGCGGCCACUGCGAGAACUGCCUAGCACCCGUGGAGAAGGACUGGAAGCAAUACUGCUUCGACAUCGACGGCGCCGCGGGCGUCAUGACCGACGGUGCCUUUGCCGAGUACCACGUGGUCGACUCGCGGAUGAGUUGCAAAGUCCCCGACGGCGUGAGUUUCCUGACCGCUGCUCCGCUGGCGUGCGCUGGCGUCACCGUCUACCGGGGAUUGCAAGUCAGCGGCGUCGGGAAGGGCGGGUGGGUGGCGAUCGUGGGCGCCGGGGGCGGGCUGGGACACUUUGGCGUGCAGUUCGCAAAGGCCGCCGGGUUGAACGUGAUUGCGGUGGAGGCGCGAGACGAGGGACUCGAGAUCGCGAAGAAGUACGGCGCCGACCACGUCCUGGACGCGCGCGAGGGCAAGGACGCGGUAGUCGCGAGCGUGCGGGCGCUGACGAGCGGACAAGGCGGCGUCGACGCCACAGUCAACGUGAGCGACCAUCCGUCGACGGCGGCGCUGUCGGCGGCCAUCACGCGCACGCACGGCACCGUCGUGGAGGCCGCGCAGCCGCCCGAGGUGACUGUGCCGUUCAUGGACAUUGUGCUGCGCGACAUCACCAUCAAGGGCACCAUGCACGGCGGUAAGCAGCUGGCGGAUGAGAUGCUGCGCACCGUGGCCGAGCACGGCAUCGUCGCCGAGACGCAGGUCUUCCAGGGCCUCGAGGACGUGCCCAAGAUGUUUGAGCUGCUCGAGGCCGGCAAGAUCAAAGGCAAGGCUGUCUGCGUGGUGGACAAGGAGCUGGUGUGA